UGGGCACAGGUGGGUGGCACUAGUGGGCACAGGUGGGUGGGCACAGGUGGGUGGCACUGCUGGGCACAGGUAGGUGGCACUUCUGGGCACAGGUGUGUGAAAUUGCAGAGUGGCACAGGUGGGUGCACUGCUGGGCACAGGUGGGUGAUCUGCUGGGCACAGGUGGGCAGAACUUGCGGGUGGCACUGCUGGGCACCGAUCAUCAGGGCACUGAUCAUCAGUGCCCUGAUGAUCGGUGCCGAUCCCCGCUCUGACAACUGCCGGUUCUCGGCAGUACUUUCCUCACGAUCUGACAGCGUGAGGAAAGUGCAGCCGAGAACCGGCACUUGC